AUGUCAUCUGUUGAUCCUCGUCCCGCAACCCACCCACCUUCCAACGAACCUUCCCCUCACCGUGGUCGUAAACGUCGCCGCUCUUCUGCUGCUUCUCCACCACCCAUCACAACCAGUACAUCCACGAAUUUUAGAGGUCGAGUUCGUUAUCGAUCACCCCAGACGUCUCAUUUAACAACCUCCUCACCAUUGUCAUUAUCCUCACCCCUCAACCCCAAAUCCACAAACGCAAACGCAAACGCAAACGAAACCAUGACAUCCCUUACAGCCACAGCCCCUAAAACCAAAUACCAAAAGACUCACGCUACAGCUACAACAACGACAACAACAACAACUCCCUCCCCAUCAUCAUCUCUCCUUCUUUGCUCUCCGCGCUCAAAAACCCGGAGAGGUCAAUCACCCUCCCGUUCUCGUAGCAAGGGCCAUUCAGCUGACAAGGAGGUUCCAAGGAGAAGACAGAGAACAAGAAGUAGGAGUCGAUCUCAUAGGGUUGCGAUUGAUGAGAAGGAUAGCAGCAAGGGAAAAAUGAAAGCUUUAUCAGAGACAGAAAGAGCUUGA